UCUCCAGCCACUGCCCAUCGGAGCAGCGACUACUCCUACCCUACCAUAAGUCCAUAACACGAGAAAAAACGGGAGCAAGUGAGAGCAAGAAGCGACUGCGGAGGAGCAAGCCAGCGUCGGAUCCAUGGAGCUGGAGGCCGCCCCGCAGCUCCCGAGGAGGGACGCCAGGAAGCUGGUGAGGUGCCCGAGGCUGCAGCUGGACGCCAAGACGGUCACGGCCGUCGAGCAGUCCACGGGCACGCCCGUCGCCGACGCGGCGGCCACCAGCCCUGGAGGCGCGACGCGCGUCAAGAUCUUGCUGAGCAAGCAGCAGCUCAAGCAGGUGGCCGCGGCCGUCGCCGCCGGCGGCGCCUUCGCGCUGCCGCCCGCGCUGGAGCAGCUGGUGAGCGCCAUCAAGAGGCAGCACGCGAAGAAGCAGACGGCGGCGGCGACCAACGCGGCUGCCGCGAGGCGCCCGGGACGGUGGUCGCCGGCGUUGUACAGCAUCCCGGAGGAUAUCCACAGCUAGAUAACCCGCCUAGCUUCGUGGUGUAGUCGGUUUGCAUGUAUAGCUUCGGUGGUCUCUCUCCAUUUUUGUUGCCUCUUCGUCCUCAAUUCUUGGGUUGCAACGUUGGGCCAAAGUGAAAGCGCGCCCAAUGGAUGCGUUGCGUUGCAACUUUGAAAUGUCAGCAAUUUUAAUAUGACAUUUUUUGGAUCCAA